UCAAGAUUCUAUAGUAUAUAAUGAAGCGAAAGCGUGAAAAUAAUCCAAUUGACAAUUUAACGAUAUCAAAAGGAAAGAAGACUUUAACGAAUGUGGAUCAUGAUACACCUACUUUGACGACGUUUGUUUCAACUUCACGUGCUUUUACGUCACUUGCUUCUACAAGUUCUUCUUCUAGUGAUUCACCUCAUAUUUUAAAGAAAAUACAGAAAAAAAAAUAGAAAAAAAGCGUGCCUUGAUCAACUUUAGAAUGGAAACAGCAAGCAAUACAGUGGAAGAAACGGAUACAGUAAAACAUAAAGUAAAACAGUGUAAAUGCGGCUCAACCACCCAUAUAAGAGUAAACAGCAAUGCAUGCCCCCCCUAAAAAAGCAAAAAGAACCAACGCAUGGCCUAGACGAAAAAAAAAAAGAAAUCUUCGUGAUCAAAUGCUCCUUGAAAAAUAUUUGUAGAGACUCUAAGCUCAUUGAUCAAAUAUCUCUCGUCACGGCACACACAACAAAAGUGAUGUGGGUAAGAUCGUUGUUUAUCAACUAUCUUUUUUU